CAGCCGUCCCAGCAUUCAAGGAGUUUCACUUCCUUACGGAACCGUUGUCUACGGUGGCUGUAGAUGGCAAGCCGGCACGGUUCGAUUGUGUGGUGCAGUAUAGUGGACCAGAGAAGCCACUCAUCAGGUGGAUCCGGCAUGAGGAUCAGAAGCGGCUGGAGGACACCAGCAGGAGGCAUAUGCUGUCCAAUGGAUCCCUGCAUUUUUCAUCAGUUGUCAGCUCAGCAUCAGGCGAGUCUGACGAGGGGCACUACCAGUGUACAGCCACCGUUAGUGGAAUCGGUACUAUUGUAAGCCGCAGGGCUCAACUCAAAAUUGCACAUCUGCCGAAACAUUUUGAAGCAGAACCAGGAGACUUACACCUGGCUCCAGGUGACACAGCUGCCUUUGAAUGUUUGAUUCAUGGAGAGCCCAAGCCUACAAUCACAUGGUUUAAGGGCACUCAGAAACUGGUGCCAGGGCCUCAUAUGAAGGUUUACCCAACAGGUCUUCUGGAAAUUGGCCCUCUAUCUUCAUCCGAUUAUGGCACUUACGCUUGCGAAGCUGAAGUUCCUGGCAAGUCUAGAAAGAGCAGAAUGGCAACACUAGCACUGGCAUCAGCUAAUGAUGCCAGACUGCGAGGCCAUCCCAAGUUUAUCAUCAUGCCACACAGUGAGAGGGUUGUGAAAGGGGAGACAGUUUUCUUGCACUGUGUAGCUUAUGGGAGGGAUGGAGAUGGGAGACCGCCAAUCAUCUCAUGGUUAAAGGAUGGGAGCACAAUUGUCACUGGGAAGAAUAGCUCACGUAUCCAGGUGAUUGGGUCAGGGACACUGUUAAUCUCAGAUGUACUUGAGAGUGAUGCAGGUGUCUACACAUGCCGAGCUGUCAACCUGGAGGAUUCAGUAGAUGCAGAUGCAGCACUGACAGUUCUGGUGCCACCUGUCUUCACAGAACAGCCUACCAAUAAAUUUGCCCACACUCAGUCAGACGUAACCUUGGAGUGUGAGGCUCACGGCAUUCCGCGACCGGUUAUCACCUGGGUGAGGAACGGAGAUGUUCUCAAACCCAGUGAUUACUUCAAGAUUCUGUCCAAGGGCAGCCUAAAGAUUCUGGGCCUGGUGAAUUCUGAUGACGGAAUGUAUCAGUGUGUGGCUGAAAACGAACUUGGAGAUGCCCAAGCCAGUGCACAGCUGGUGGUUCUCAGUGAAGCUGGCGCGCUCUACUCAGAGUCCCACUCCAAAGCACCCACUCCAGUGAAUCUCCGAGCUGUGCUGGUGUCUACACGGUUCGUCAUGCUAUCCUGGGACCUUCCUGACCUGCAGGGGAUGAAAGAUGUCACAUCCUACUCUGUAUUUUGGCGGGAAGCUGGAUCUGAAAGGGAGCGGGUCAGCAACACUACAUUACAGGAGUUCAACAUCCAAAGCUUGAAGCCUAAAACUGAAUAUGAGAUUCGAGUCCGAGCCUACAACAGCCAGGGUCCCAGCCAGAGGGAAGCCAAAAUUACCGUCCUGACAAAAGAAGAAGUGUUGGUGCCCAGUCCGCCUAUCAACCUGAAGGCUACAGCUCUGUCUUCUAACUCCAUUGCUGUAACCUGGGACCCACCAGUGGAAAGCAAGGGCGUUGUGGAGUUGUAUGUUCUCAUUUAUUACAAGGUUGGGUCAAAGUCAGAGGAUGAGAUACGAGUGAAAGAAACCUUUUAUACGUUAAAAAAUUUACAACAGUUCCGGGAGUACAGUUUCCGUGUUCUAGCUGUCAAUGAAAAUGGCCGUGGACAAAGUACUGCUGAGGUGACAGCAAGGACAUUCUCUGCCAUUCCAACAGCACCCCCUCAGAACUUUACAUUAGAAGUGUCAAGUUCAACAAGCUUAAUUGUAAGAUGGCAACCUCCACCACAAGAUUUUCAGAAUGGCAUCAUAACGGGCUACAAAAUCCGAUUGAGAAGGAAAGGUUAUCGAGAUAAAGAGGGAGACACUAAAGUCACAGAUGGAAACAGAAAUACAUAUGCUUUAACAGAUUUGCGCAAAGGAACAGAAUAUCAAGUUCGUAUUGCUGCCACAACAGUGAAUGGAACAGGACCAUUCACCUCUUGGGAGACGGCCACCACUUAUCAAGAUGAUUUAGAUGAGUCUACAGUGCCGCCGGAGCCAGCACAUCUGAUUGCCCGACCCAAAGCCAACUCUAUCAAAGUCUCCUGGGCUCCUCCACCGCCUCACUCCAAAAUCCUGGUCAGGGGGUAUGUGCUGGGGUAUGGCCGCGGCAUAUCUGAUGUAUACAAGCACACACUGGAUGCAAACACUCAUGAUUAUGUCAUUGAAAACCUGCAACCGGCCUCUCACUACGUGAUCACCAUCAGAGCCUUUAACUCUCAGGGGCAGGGUCCCAGCAAGUACGAGACUGUCAUUACGUCAGAAGAUACAAUUGAAGAACCAGCCACACCCAUGCUGCCUCCAGUAGGACUUAAUGCUCAUGUACUGUCAUCGUCAACAAUUAUUCUCACAUGGGCGGAUAACUCUCUCAGCAAAAACCAGAAAAUCACAGAUAAUCGUUACUACACAAUCAGAUAUCGGCCAGCAGGCAGCAAGGGCACCAAAUACAGAUUUAUAAAUGCAACUGACCUCAACUAUCAUAUUGAAGGGUUACGGCCAAAUACAGAGUAUGAGUUUAUGGUGAAAGUCAUAAAAGGUCGCAGAGAGUCAGAUUUCAGUAUGACAGUUUACAAUAAAACUGAGGAAGCAGCACCCAGCACAGAACCCCGGGAUGUGACCCCAGUCCCAAAUGGAGACAACUUGCUUGCUGUGAGCUUGAGCUGGCAACCACCGGCACGGCCCAACGGCCUCAUCACCGAAUACCUCAUCUACUACACCAAUGAAUUGUUUACUGAUGACAUGACUUGGCCUGUGGAAGUUGUUGUUGGCGACGAACUGACAACGGUCAUUGACAAACUGACUCCUGACACAGUUUACCAUUUCAAAGUUCAGGCUCGUAACUCCAAGGGUUUGAGUCCAAAGUCUGCAGCAGCAGUAUAUAAAACCCCACCAGCUGCCAAGACAGACACCUCUGGUGGAGAGGGUGACGCAGGAUUAACAACGAAUGCCAUGAUCAUCAUUGGAGCCUGUGUGGCAGGCUUCAUCUUUUGCACUCUUGUCAUCAUCACCAUCGUCUGCCUCUGCAGGUGUAGAGGCAACAACUAUUCCCAUCAAAUGAAGACACAGACAAAAAUCAAUAAGACCCUUCCACCAAGCGUCAAGCCACCGGAUUUGUGGAUACAUCAGCCGAACAACCUAGAGCUGCAGAAAAUGGAGAGAUCCCAACGAAGUGAGAGUUCAGCAUCAGUGGCUACAAGUACAUUACGUAGAGGAUCUAGGGGUUCUGCAGAUCAAACAGAUGAUCAGGCUUCAACCCUUGACAGGAGGCGUAAUUCAUUUGUUGGAGAUGGUGGCUACCCUUCUAGUGGAGAAGAAAGAUACCAGCCUAUACAGCCUAGAAACCUAAUUAGGCCUAAGCCUGUAGCACUGCCGGAUGCACAGGCUUCGUUUAGAGAACCCAUCGCCACAGUCACAGCAGCACCCAACGGACACAUACUUCAGUAUGGGGACAGUCCAUCAGGGCCACUGCCCAUGCGUCCCAUCUACCCUCGCACCCAGUACAACACACAGUACACCAGUGCAGCUAGAGUCAAUGCUGGUGACCUGCCUCAUACAUGUCCUCCUUCCAGUAAAGUGCUGCCUGCUGUGGACGAGGACGAGGACAGUAACUGUGACAUGGUUACUGGUAUGGAUGAAUCCUAUAAUUCCAGAAUAGGCUAUGUGAAACCGCAGCAGAGCAUUAGUCCAUACAAGAAACCUACUGCUCCAGUCAUGACGGCAACAAGCAAAGGGCAGAGAACUCCCAUUUCAUUCAAUUCAAAAUCUCCUGAACUGAAGAGUAAGAAAGAUGAAGCAGAUUUAUCGAAAUCUUUGAGUACUGAAGAAUUGACAGCUGAGAUGGCCAAUCUGGAGGGGCUGAUGAAAGAUUUGAAUGCUAUAACACAGCAGGAGUUUGAGUGCUAG